CCCUCUCUUGGCAGUUGUACGGCUGACCACCAACCGUCAUCGCCGCCUGUGCUAGCCCAUUCACAACAACAACAACAGACAACACUCAACAGUUCGACUCCAGCGUACACUCGUGUGCAGCUUGCGUUAGUGACAUAAUAAUAUUUCGUGUGUCCGGCGACCGUUUCGAAAAAACAACAAUAAUUCGGUAACCGAAUAAAAAAACAUUUUUAUCUGCUUAAACCGACAAAUAAAAUUUUUUUUAAAAAAUCUGACAAAAUGACCGAUACUGUGGUUACCGUUCAGAACCCCGAGGUGCCCAGGUCGGGAAAACCCGGCGCGGAAAACGCAAACAUACACAACAUGUUCACCUGGGUGGAAAUCAAUUACAACUACUUCAAGACCGUCCCCGGUCUUCUGAAAUUGGCGCAACUGAUUCUGGGCAUCAUUUGCUUGGCGUUAGCUUCACCAGCUCGGUUGCCAGGCACCAAUUGGUUCUUGUUCGUGGUCAUCAUCAGCUUUAUAGCAACCGCCAUCUGGUCUUUUGUUUACCUUUUGUCCAUCAGAGAAGCCAUCAACUUCCCAAUCAAUUGGAUUCUCACGGAAUUUUUCAAUACACUCCUGUUGGCCGUCUUGUACAUGGUAGCGUUCAUCGUACAACUUUCAGCUUGGUCCACUCACAACAGACCGUACAACUCGUACAACUCUUACUACAAAAACCUCAACAUAUCGGCCGGGAUAUUUGGAAUGAUCAACACCGCGGUGUACGCAACAGGAGUUUUCCUAAUAUUUAGCGGCUGGAAAAAGUCGAGAACUGCUGUUCAACAAUAGGCUUUUUGCAUAAUUUUUACAUUAUUUACGAUGUCCGACAAAAUAUAAAAUCCUACCAACACGAUAUUGACGAUGCGUAAAUGGAUACCUAAUAUUUAAGUUUUUUUUAUAGGUAAGAAAGCUAAAAAAAAAAAAAAAUUUUUUAAAAAAUGUAAGUUCCUUCUGGCGUUUUCAAUAGUUUACAACAGUCGGCUUACUAUUUUCGGAUUCGCUGUAAAAUGCAAAAAAUGUGUUCUUAAUGUAUAAAUUAAAGGGGUUUUCAAAGCUUUUAAAUGUUUUUUUUCUCCAACAAUACAAACAAUAGGCGUGUUAUAUUUUUCUUAGUGUAUUGGUAGCGUUUUAAUUUAAGUUCUUAUUGUACAUAUAGAUAUUAUUUAUUAUUAUUUUUUAUCACAUGUGCUUAAAUUUAAAUUAUGAUAACUAUAUAUUUUUAUAAUAUGUAAUGAAUAAUGAUUUAUAUUUAUGUUAUAUUAUUAUGGAAU